CUUGGCGGGGCUGCCGCUGGCUGCUGUGGUAACGGGGCUCUGCCUGAGUGGGCAGCCUCCUCUCCCAAGAUGGCGGCGGCCGGAGGAGUAAACCCCUUCCUUAGCGACUCCGAGGAGUCCGACGCUGAGGAGAGCAGGCCGGGGGGCGGCAGGGGCGGCAGCAGCGACCCCGGAGCCCCGGCCGCCCCGCUCCCGGCCCCCUCCGCCCUCUCCUCCUCCCCGCCCUCUCAGCAGCUGCCUCCGCCGCUGCCGCCCCUGCAGGCCGAGGAGCCGCCGCGGGUGCCGGUGGACGCCCUGGCGGCUCAGCUGCUGCGCGACCAGUUCGUGCUGACGGCGCUAGAGCUGCACACGGAGCUGCUGGAGAGCGGCCGGGAGCUGCCCCGCCUGCGCGACUAUUUCUCCAACCCGGGCAACUUCGAGCGGCAGAGCGGAGGCAGCGGCACCCCGGCCCCGACCCCGCCUGCCUCUGCAGCCCCGGGGGGUAUGCCUGUGGCCGGAGGGGGCAAGGAAGGCGGCCCCGGACAGCUCCAUCGUGCUGGAAGCAUUAGCACUCUUGACUCAUUGGACUUCGCAAGGUAUUCAGAUGAUGGAAACAGGGAGACAGAUGAACGGGUGGCUGUCCUGGAGUUUGAACUACGGAAAGCAAAGGAGACCAUUCAGGCCCUCCGAGCCAACCUGACUCAGGCUGCAGAAAAUGAAGUUCCUUUGCAGGAACGGAGAAAUUACAAAUCAAGUCCUGAAAUUCAGGAACCAAUUAAACCUCUUGAAAAAAGAGCUCUAAACUUCUUAGUCAAUGAAUUUUUAUUAAAAAAUGGUUAUAAGCUUACUUCAAUAACUUUUUCAGAUGAAAAUGAUGAUCAGGAUUUUGAGCUGUGGGAUGAUGUGGGGCUGAACAUUCCGAAGCCCCCAGAUUUGCUACAACUCUACCGUGAUUUUGGGAACCACCAAAUAUCUGCAAAAGAUGUUUUGGACAUAGCAGUUGGCACAGAAGAUGAUGAAUUGGAAGCAACCACUCCUAUCCUCGAGAACAUUCCCCUAUUUGGAACGCCACAGUCAAUAGAGCAAUGUGUAAUGGUGCAGAAACUGGAAGAUCAAAUUAAUGCAUUAUGUACUGAGAAAUGGUCUCUGAUGGAACAGAUACAACGACUUGAAAGUGAAAUAGACUACUUAAGGAAUGAAAAACCUGCUGUUCCGGUAAUAUGUGACUCGGUCCAAUCAUCUUUAGCUCAAGUGCCUCUCCCAUUCUCUGAUGAUAACGGAAGAUAUUUGGAUAUCAAGAGUUCAGCUACUGACAGUAACCAUGGGGAAACUGAAGAGGAAAGACUUUUCACAAGAACUGAACCUGAAUCAAGAAUCCCUAAAGAUAACACUAAAAGUUGUCUCCCCAACAAGGAAAUAGAAAAACUUCCAUCUUGUUCUCCAUCCAUUAAAGCUGCCAUAUACUUUGAUAAACCUAAUAGGAAGCUGUCACCUGCAUUCCAUCAAGCGUUGCUGUCUUUCUGUCAGAUGUCAGCAGAGAGCCGCUUGGGAUCUGAAGUAUCUCGGAUUGCUGAUAGUGAGAAAAGCGUCAUGUUAAUGCUGGGGCGCUGUUUGCCACAUAUUGUUCCCAACGUCCUGCUUGCAAAGCGAGAGGAACUGAUUCCACUCAUAUUGUGUACAGCUUGCCUCCAUCCUGAACCCAAAGAGAGAGAUCAGCUCCUACAUAUCCUGUUCAACUUGAUCAAAAGGCCAGAUGAUGAGCAAAGGCAAAUGAUUCUGACCGGGUGUGUAGCGUUUGCACGACAUGUUGGACCAACACGUGUAGAAGCAGAACUUUUACCACAAUGUUGGGAGCAGAUCAGCCAUAAAUAUCCAGAGAGACGACUCUUAGUGGCAGAGUCCUGUGGAUCAUUGGCACCUUACCUUCCUAAAGAGAUUCGUAGUUCACUGGUACUGUCUAUGCUACAGCAAAUGCUGAUGGAAGAUAAGGCAGAUCUUGUACGAGAAGCUGUGAUCAAAAGCCUUGGUAUCAUCAUGGGCUACAUUGAUGAUCCAGACAAAUACCAACAGGGUUUUGAACUACUACUUUCAGCUUUGGGUGAUCCUUCGGAACGAGUAGUUAGCGCAACUCAUCAGGUGUUCUUGCCUGCCUAUGCUGCCUGGACAACAGAACUGGGAAAUUUGCAGUCCCAUCUUAUACCUACAUUGCUUAGUAAAAUUGAAAAACUUCUCAGGGAAGGAGAGCACGGGCUGGAUGAGCACAAGCUCCAUAUGUAUCUUUCUGCUUUGCAGUCUUUGAUUCCCUCACUGUUUGCACUGGUGCUACAGAAUGCACCUUUCACCAGCAAAGCAAAGCUUCAGGGUGAAAUCCCACAGAUAGAAGUGACAAGAUUCCCAAGGCCUGUAUCACCUCUGCAGGAUGUGGCCACUAUAAUUGGAAGCCGUGAACAACUGGCAGUUCUGUUGCAGCUUUAUGAUUACCAGCUAGAGCAUGAGGGUACUACAGGCUGGGAUACCUUACUAUGGGUUGUUAAUCAAUUGUUGCCACAACUUAUAGAAAUAGUUGGCAAAAUUAAUGUGGCCUCAACAGCCUGUGUACAUGAAUUCUCAAGGUUUUUCUGGCGGCUUUGCAGAACAUUUGGAAAAAUCUUCACAAAUACUAAGGUAAAACCACAAUUCCAAGAAAUCUUAAGGCUCUCUGAGGAGAAUGUUGAUGCUACAGCAGGAAAUGGAGUGCUAACAAAAGCCACCGUUCCUAUCUAUGCAACGGGUGUACUUACAUGCUAUAUCCAGGAAGAAGAUCGCAAGCUGUUAGUUGGAUUUUUAGAAGAUGUAAUGACUAUGCUUUCAUUAUCACAUGCUCCUCUUGAUAGCCUGAAAGCAUCUUUUGUGGAACUGGGUGCAAACCCAGCAUACCAUGAGUUGCUGCUAACUGUAUUGUGGUAUGGCGUUGUCCAUACUUCAGCACUUGUUCGUUGUACAGCUGCUAGGAUGUUCGAGCUGUUGGUGAAGGGGGUCCAUGAGACUCUGGUAGCUCAGAGAGUUGUUCCUGCUCUCAUUACUCUCUCCAGUGACCCUGAAAUCUCUGUAAGAAUAGCCACGAUUCCUGCUUUUGGUACCAUCAUGGAAACAGUCACUCAGAGAGAGCUGUUAGAGAGGGUUAAAAUGCAGUUGGCCUCUUUUCUGGAAGAUCCCCAGUACCAAGACCAACAUUCCUUACACACAGAAAUCAUAAAAACUUUUGGAAGAGUUGGGCCAAAUGCUGAGCCACGAUUUCGAGAUGAAUUUGUCAUUCCGCACUUGCAUAAACUCGCACUGGUUAAUAACCAACAGUCUGCAGAUUCAAAAAGAUUGGACAUUGCAACUCAUCUCUUUGAAGCGUACAGUGCACUCUCCUGUUGCUUUAUUUCAGAGGAUUUAAUGGUCAAUCAUUUUUUACCUGGACUCAGGUGUUUACGGAAUGACAUGGAAACACUUUCUCCAGAACAUGAAGUUAUUUUAAGCUCCAUGAUAAAGGAGUGUGAACAAAAAGUGGAAAAUCGGAGUGUCCAAGAACCACAAGGCUCAAUGUCAAUUGCAGCAAGCCUUGUGAGUGAAGAUACAAAAACCAAGUUUCUAAACAAAAUGGGCCAGUUGACCACAUCAGGUGCCAUGCUGGCUAACGUAUUCCAGAGGAAGAAGUAAAUUUGAGAAGGAAGUCCUUGUAAAACACAUGAGAGACCUCAUUAAGACUGGUUCCUUGUACUUGAAGUACUUGCCUUUCUAUUUCCCCGUCUUAUGUUCUUGUAGUAUAAUUUUACUCUAACCUACAAAGAUAUUUGCACUGCUCUUGAAUAUCGCUGUGUAUCUGUUAACUUUCGGUUAAAUGUGGUUGAUUAUAAAACUAAAUUAAGUCUGUAUCAAGUCCCUGUCCUGUGUUCUUGUCUUUCCAGCAUAAUUUUUAUAUAUAUAUUAUAUAUAGUGAAGAUUUUUUUAUUUCCUGAUGGGUUAUUGGCUGAUAUCUGUAUUAUAAAUGAAGCUAUUAUGAUGGUACUUAUAAUAAUGUAAAUUUGAAGUUGCUGUCAUGAAGUAAUAAAAGUGGAGAUUACUUAUGUAUUUAAGUUACGAGAGAGUAAUGCAGAAUUUUUUUAAUGUUUCUAAACAAAAGGCAAGAGUCACCAGCACUAGUCUGAUUCCAGGAUUGGGGGGGUUUUUUGUAAGUAUUGUAUAUUUUUGAAUUACAAGGAGAUGGGAGAAAAUAAUGUAUUAACAUUACCACUUGCACUACAAGUCUUCAAGGGAGACCAGAUGGUUACAGAAGUGAUGGAUAUACGAUACGUUACAGAUGCGCCUCUCAAGUGUAUUGGAGUUCUUUAUGUGUGUUAAGCAGCUUGGUAUUAGCUUUCCUGAUAAAAAAAAUAUCCCAAUAAGCAUAGAGUGGGGACUCAACAACAUCUGAAAAUGCAAUGCUAACCAGGUUUACUUGGAAGAAAAUCACACCAGUUUCAGUGGGACUUACUUCUAAGUAAGGAUAUUUAGUAUUACUGCCUUAGUGCUGAUUUAAGGUUCGGUAAUUGCCAUGCAGCAUCCAUGCAGAUGUUACACCGCUCCAAAGCCAUGUUUCAAAGGCGAGGCUUUUAGGUGUGCUGUAUCUACAAGUGAGAACACCAUUUACCUUGGCCAGAAAUCACAGGUGUCAAAUGCAGCGGGUAUUUGGGCCAUCACAUAGGGUAAGCACAGCUUUCAAUGGAAAGCUAGACAUAAGGGCUUUGCCCAUCGAGCAGCAUCCCUUUUAAAUCAGAUGUUAGUUCUAGAGGACUCCACGAGACUUGCAGUGCAGGGGUUGAUAGAGCAUGUUGUAUUUGACCCCCGCUACACAGCUCCACAGUGAUCAAAAGCAAUAAUUUGUUUAGCCCUCAACACAAAUUCAGUUUAAGCAAUGGCAUUAUUAAUGCCAUAUAGCUAUUUCCUUUAAAAAGUCUCCUAAUGUGCUCAUUUGGGGCGGGGGGGGGGGGGAUAAGUCACAAACACUACCAUUAAAUUAAUGCUGAUUUCGAUCACAUUUUCUCCCAUGCAAAACGCUUUACCUGUCCUCACAAUACUCUUUUGAAAGAAGUUAGGACUUGUCUAAAGUCACUUAUGCAGCAUUAACUCCAAGCCAAUUGAUUUCAGUGGUCUUAAGACUCAAGUAAUUCUGCGUACAAAUGCACUUUGUUUUAUAGCUGGGGGCAGGGUCUGAAAACCUGGACAGCACUGACCGAACUAAAUUUGAUUUUUAGUCCUUUAACACGUACUAGCAAGAAGGUUUUUAUGAACUUCUGCUGAAAUAUGGUCACAUACUCUGUCCACGUGUGCUGCUUCACAAAAACACAAGGCAUAGAAAUUAACAUUCCAUUAAGGUAUCACAGUAUUGUGUGAACACUGAUACAGGGAGACAGGCAAAGGUGCAUAAGGCCUAAGGCAUUCUGGAUGGAUGACAAAGUGCUUCAUCCCAGUGUGCUUUUUUUAAUUAAAAAAAAACUGUAACGUGUUAUGAGUAACCAGAAGCUAUCCCACUAGUAUUUCAAUUCAAAGAGAGACCUGUACUGGUUUCAGCCUUUAGUGGUCAUGGUAUCCAAUCAAACGGGCAUGAACCCAGAUGCUGCCACACCUAAGGGAACACUGUAAGUAAGGGGGCAUGAAGAACAGCCAGUGCAAAACUGUCUUGAGGCCAGUGCACAGUACAGGCAGAAGGAAGCAAAUGUUUCACAUUCAGGCCUCCCUAAAUAGUCCUGCAUCAGGCUGUGGAUUCUGCAUUAAUACUGUGUUUUCCAUUGCCUGUCAUAGGUUGGAUCCUACCAGCUUUUCUGGUGCAAAUUCUCUCUCUCACUACAGCCAUGCCCAACAUGGCUUUUUGGCGACAUGGAUCCUGUGAUCCCUAAAGUAGCCGUUGUGGGGGGCUGUUAGAAGGGGUUUCUCUCUAUGUUGUAUGAGUUUCUGUUGUUGCACAAACAUCUCAGUUUCAUCAGGGUGACAAAUGGGUCAGUCCUGCGCUCUCUCCAGCCAAUUGUUCUGAUGCUGUUGCAAAUGUAUUCCUUAGCGGACUGUCUGGUUAUGAAAUGCUGGAGGCAUUCCUCAGGAACUGGAAGUAGCUAAGUCUCUUGUCCUUUCUUGAGUUAAAUAAAAUGUUUUACAUA